CUUCCUCAGAGGAAAGGGAAGGAGGAACGUGUCCACAUUAGGACGUCCUAAUAAAAAGCAGAACACCCCGUCGAACCUGCAGAUCAUUCUCCCUGACAAGUUUCCACACGCCUGUAAUUGAAGCUCCUGCAACAGAUAUUUACAGAAGAGCUAUUUACACCCCGAGGAGCGGCUCACUGAAGUAAUAUUUUAAAGACGUUUGGACGAUAAGACCACCGCAGCAGAUCAGAUCACCAGUUUCAUCAUGAACCCACUACAGUAUUUCUCCGUCUUCCUCCGCCUGUUGGCGCUUCUUUCCUCCGUCCAAACCUCCCUGAGGACGGAUCCUCCGAUCCACCCCGGCCACCCCUUCCUCUUCAUGUGGAACGCUCCGACCGAGCUCUGCGAAAUCCGCUUCGGCAUGCCGCUCGACCUCUCGCACUUCCACUCCGUCAGCAGCACCCUGAAGACGGCCACCAACCAGAGCCUGUCCAUCUUCUACAGCGACCGCUUCGGCCUCUUCCCGUACGUGGACGAAGACACCGGAGAGAUGUACGACGAGGGUCUGCCGCAGCUCAUCGACCUGCAGGAGCACCACGAGCUGGCCGAAGACGACAUCGAGCACUACAUCCCCUAUGACCACCCGGGCCUCGCCGUGCUGGACUUCGAGGAGUGGAGGCCGCAGUGGGUCAGGAACUGGGGCAGCAAGGACAUCUACCGGCAGAUCUCCAUCGAGACGGUGCAGAAGAAGAACGCCUCGUUGUCCGAAGACGAAGCGGAAGACCGGGCGAAGAUCGUGUUCGAGCGUGCCGCCAGAAAGUACUUUAUCCGGUCCAUCCGCAUCGGGAAAAGGCUGCGACCAAACAGGCUCUGGGGUUACUACUUGUACCCCGACUGCUACAACUACGACUACAACAAGGACAUGGAGGGCUUCACCGGAGAGUGUCCGGCCAUUGAGAAGCAACGGAACGACAAGCUGCUGUGGCUCUGGAAAGAAUCCACGGCGCUCUUUCCCUCCAUUUACCUGGAGCUGGUGCUCAGGGACUCCCAGCAGGCCCGGCGGUUCGUCCGGCAUCGAAUCCAGGAGGCCAUGAGGGUGUCCAUGCUCCCCAAGAGCUCCUACUCCAUCCCCGUCUACGCCUACAUCCGACCCGUGUACAAAGACAGCAUCGAUAACUACAUGUCAGAGCUUGAUCUGGUGAACACGAUAGGAGAAGCUGCAGCUCUCGGUGCCGCUGGCGUCGUUUCCUGGGGAGACAUGAACGUCAUCGAGUCAGAGGACUCCUGCUUCGACGCUCGCCGCCACCUGCUGGACGUGAUGAACCCGUACAUCCUGAACGUGACGACGGCGUCGCGUCUCUGCAGCGACGUGCUGUGUCAGGGCCGCGGCCGCUGCGUGAGGAAGCGCUGGGACGACGACGUGUUCCUGCACCUCGACCCGCGGCGCUACCGGAUCGAGCGACGGCUCCGCGGCGGCCCGCUGAGCGUCAGCGGCGACGGCUACUCGCUGGACGACGUCAAAUCCUUCAACGACAGCUUCGACUGCAUGUGCUUCAGCGAGGCGCCGUGCCGCUCCGCGUCGAUGUUCAACGCCGUCCAACCGGCCGCCGUGACCACGAGGAACAGAGGAGCAGAUAAGCCCCGCCCCCUCCUGCUGGUUAUCAUACUGCUCGGUCUGAAGUGUGUCGUCACGUGGACUUAAAUUAGAAACACACACCUGAGAUACAGGACGAGAGGCUGCAGGCAGUUAAAGGACAAUUUCAUAAUUAUUUUGCAUGUUGAUUUAAUAUUUGCACUGUGUAUUAAAUAUAUUUAUAAUUUAGUUUCGCCAAACAUCUUAGCCUCAUUCACACUAGUUUUUUGGGGGAGAUGCAACUCUCACUUUCAAAAGUACCACGAUAAUAAUCAUUAUUAAGGGUUUGUACUGGCUAGUUCCAGUAAAAAUAUUUGUAAUCCCUGGAGGAUGAACCCUCACAACUUUGGUAAAUAACAUUUCUAUUCAGUUCCUCCAUGAGGUUGAGCAUUUUUGGUUUUGAACGACUUACUAAUUUAAAAAAGUCACUUGAAAAGCAGAAAUUCAGCAAAAUAUUUUUGAUAAAAAGUUAAUCAAUUCAAUGUUGUAAUUACUCAGCAACAUCAAACCCUUUUAUUUCUAUUGGUUAUACCAAUCAAACCACAGCGUUUUCAAAUAAAUGUUUUGGGGUAAAAAUGCAAUACUACCCUCUAAAAUUGAGUGGGGUAGGAAUAAUAAGUAGCACAUAAUGGAAAUACUCAAUUAAGUACAAGUGCCUCAGAAGUAUUUGAGUAAAUGUGCUUUAUUCCCACUUAUCUGUCUGACGGACUGCAGCGGCAGGUACUGAGCUGCAGUUCAGGUGGUUCUCCUGCAGAGGGAGGCAGAGCUCCGUCCCUACACACUGACAAUGGAUGAUCUACAGAUGCCAAACACACAAACAACUGACAGUAAAACACUGAGGAUGCAUUGGAAAGCAUUUCUACAACACCCUUUAUUGGCUGACUAGAAACAAACCUAAGUGGGUUUUUUCAAGACCAAUAAAGGAACCAAAAGUUUGAUUUCAAAGUUGCACAUGACAGUAGAUUAGGAGGCUGCUUUAUUGUUGUAUUUGAGAUGUUUUGUAAUAGAUUAAUGGAACAGAUCUGUCUGAUUUACAAUGAAUCUGACCGUAGAAAGCACUUAGAGGUAAGAGGUUAGUUAGAGCUACACACUUGGAAGUUCUGCCAAGCAGCAUUAGCUUCAAGUCAGAAAAAUGUAAGAUGUAUUAAAACGUUGUGUCGCUGCAA